GGACGAUGGCGACAAGGAAGGAGGUAGAGCAACAAGGCCCGAGCAGGGCCGCCGAAAAACGCACUUGUGCUGACCAUGCUCUGCAGCAGUGCCUCGCCGGGCUCACGGCGAAGCUCUCGCGGCUGGCGGCGCUGCAGGAACGCAUCAAAAAGCUGAACCACAAGGUCAGUGAAGCAUUACAUCGACAUGAAAACUCCACCCGUUGCAAUGCAUGUGUUGGUUGUUUAAUUUCCACCAGGCUGAGAGAGUAUUUGAGGCGGCGCAUGCAAAAGAAGAGUUCUCGGAGGAAAGUGACACAACAACACAGGUGAGGAGGGCGGCGCACACCACCAACACCAAGGCAUCAUUUCAAGUCGCUUCCUGUCAUCAUCAGUCUGUUCGGGGUCAGUGUGAGGUCCUGCUCGCCGUCCUGACCGGCCUGCAGGAUGACGGCAAGAAUGUGCACGAGAUGGAAUCCCUCGUCUGCCUGGCAAACGCCAAAUGCGACCUCAUCACUGCCAUGAUACAACAGCCGGUAUGCAGGCAGACAGAGGGAGUUCCACGGACUCUAGCCUGGCCUGGCACCUAUCGUUUGUGUGCGCGCAUGUUUGGUCAGUCAUUCGCCCCUUCACCCCUCCUCACGCUCCCCGAGUGCUGCUUCACCAGCUACAUCGGUCCCCUUCUCGGCACACGAUCCAUCAUCGGCAGACUGGCCCUCUCAAACACGGCGCUGCACGCCCUCUCGCGCAAGCCAACCACGCACCAGACGCUGCACCUUCGCCCGCAGUCGAAACGGUUCGACUGGGACACACCGGUUGACCUGACCGACAAGCAGGUUGCUGCUUGGCGUGCCGCUUUCCGCAAGACAAAGCGGGCGGUGGUGGGGUGUGCGCCGAGGAUGGGAUUGGUUCACCUGCUCGAGCAUGCGAGGGAGGCUCUGACGGAGCUGGAGGCGUGGUCAGAUGCUCAUUAUGUGGACGACGGCAGGUCACUGGAGCGGCGGGAAGAGACAGAGGGGGACAUCGCCUUCUCCCUGCUGGCUCGCGUCAAGGUGGCGGGCUGGUGGAUCUGUGUGGCAAACCGUCGAAGAUGGACAGCCAUGUAGGUGACUUCGAGGUGAUCAAGAGACAGCUGGCCAUGCACACACACACACACACACGAAUGUGUGCUGCGGGUUUUUGUCAGGUCUUUGACUGACGUCCACCUUCGCAACCUGCUCAUCCCACAACAUCACCAGUCUGAGUGGAUGCAGUCUCAUCCCGCGUUUCAGUCGUGUGCCGGCUACGGCGGAAUGGAUUGCAAUCGCUGGCUGAUCGGGCCAGGGCCACAUUCUGUCAACCUGGAGGAUGCACGUUCCUCAGGUGGCUGGGUGGGCGGGGAGCCGAAUGGGUGGCGUAUGGACGAUCUGACAUCCUUCAUCACGCCUUCCAUCACGUGAGGGAGAAGACUACCUACCUAUGCACUCACUGCACAUUCAUUCUCUGUUUGUCUGUCGGCCAGGCGGAUCAGAUAUUCGAGGCUACACCCGACAGACACCUGGUGGCGGCCAUUCCGAGACUGCAGCUCGAAGAGCUUGACGCGUGCAUCGACCGAACCGAUGGCCCUGUCAUAGAGGUCAGGACAAACAGACAGACAGAGUGCUGCGCACGGGCAUCAAGAGUGCCCUUGGUGCUUGUUUGGUGUUUGCAGGGCUUGGAGGUGCUGCGAUCGAUGUUCGUGGCUCCCACCGGCAAGCUGACCGUCGCCUGCCGGGCCUUCGUCAUGUUCGACACAUUGCGAGAACUGGGCCACCUGGAGCUCCACCCUCUCUGGAGCGACACCCUCACUCAGCUCGGAUCUGCCGCCCGACGUGUCGCAUUCCCUUCCGGGCUGCCGAAGGGAGCGGCUGUCCCAUCCGCUGUCAUGCGUCACGUGCCGCACAUGAUGUUUUCGCAUGCUCAGCAGCUUCUGCUUCAGGGGGCAGGGGCCGACUCUAUCACCCUUCCUAGCGUCUUUCUGUCACACAUUUCUGACCGCAACUUUCCCCGUGUGUACACCAUGGAUCUGGGAGAGGCCAGGGGGGUGAGGCAGGAGGCAGUCAGCAAGGCCGUAGAUCUCAAGCUACUGAGAUUGAUCCGUUUUGAGCGGAGGACGCCACAGCUUGGGUGGUUUCUCUUUCCUCUCUGUCUCGCCAGGUGCGGCAAGACAGGCCCGACUCUUACUCUAUCAGCCCACUAUGACAACCAGCAGGCCCCCAGUUUAAGUGUGCGUAGAUGGUCGUUGUGGGAGCGCGGGGGCGCGCAGAAGAGAG